AUGCCUCUUCCGAAACCGACCGGCACAAAGGCUUGGGGGACGGCCAAGAUUAACCUGGUGCAAAUAUAUAGAAGGGGUCUGCGCCAGACUCCAGUUGUCUUCUGCCGAAGUUCAGACACAGGAUCGGGAACGUUGGAAACUCUGUCUGACGUGUCUACUUCUGCGAGAGGAGAAGGAGUCAUAGAAGAUGAUGAUGAUGGGUUGGAUAUAGCAGUUGUUCGCGAUGACCAUGAUCCAAUCACAUUGAUUCAAACUCGUGUCACAGAUCUGCAGGUUGGCAACGACUAUCUAUCGGCGCCGAAACGGCUCGUGCUGAACUGGCCCAUUGCGACUCAGAUCUGCUUUUGGGGAGGAGAAUUUCCUCUAGAAAUUAUAUAG